AUGCAAAUGCAGCAGCUAAUGCAAAACCCGCUAAAUAUGCCAUAUCAAUCACCGCCACAAGUACGUCCAACACAAAUCGAGGAAGAAGAUGAUGACGUAGAGGUUGUGCCAAAAACGCAACCUCAACCUUCAAAAAAGAAAAAUACAAAGGGAAAUGGUAAAAAAGAAGACGUAGCCGUCAAACAACAACAAAGGCCAUGGUCAAAAAUUAAGGAAGAGACGUUGGCCAAGGCAUAUAUUAGGUCGUCAAGGAAUCCUAUACUCGGUAACAAUCAAUUAACCGAUGGGUUUUGGCAAGAAAUCCUUGAUAUAUUCCACGCGAUGAUGGAACAAGGCGAGUACAGAACCGUUGAUUCUAUCGGCUCCAAGUGGCGCAAGAUGAAUACCGUGAUCCAACGCUUUUGUGGGUUUUAUAACAAAACGCUCACCAACAAACCGAGUGGGUGGAACAACGAAAAUGCUUUUAAUGAAGCGUUGCGUUUAUACGAAAAAUGA